AAAUCUCUCCUCUUUCAUUUCACCAUGCAAUCUGCUUCCUUCACCUACAACAUCUCCUCGAGUGAGAGUGCUUGUUUGGAAACUGACGAUCAAGAAGUAGAUGAAGAGUCCAUAAUUUUAUCCCUCGGCCCUCCAGGUCAACGCGUUUCCAAACAUCCCAAAUGUCAGUCCUCCUCAAACCACUACCCUCCCAAUAAUCAAAACCCUAAUGAAAACAAUGGUGUAACAGUGGCUCUCCAUAUUGCUUCACCAACAAAUUAUGAAGCCAGUCCCAGCAACCGUAAUAGCAAUGGCGGUCUGGUUGAAGGGCAGUAUUGGAUUCCAUCGCCUUCACAAAUCCUUGUCGGUCCAACACAGUUCUCUUGCACUGUCUGCAACAAAACAUUCAAUAGAUACAACAAUAUGCAGAUGCAUAUGUGGGGGCAUGGAUCACAGUACAGGAAAGGUCCGGAAUCCUUACGAGGGACAAAACCAGCUUCGUCAAUGCUGAGGCUUCCGUGUUAUUGCUGUGCUGAGGGUUGCAAGAACAACAUAGACCAUCCAAGAUCAAGGCCGUUGAAGGAUUUCAGGACAUUGCAGACUCAUUACAAGCGAAAGCACGGAGCAAAGCAGUUCGGGUGCAGGAAAUGCAGCAAGCCUUUUGCAGUCAGAGGAGAUUGGAGGACUCACGAGAAGAACUGCGGGAAGCUCUGGUUUUGUAUCUGUGGGUCGGAUUUCAAGCACAAGAGGUCCCUAAAAGAUCACGUUCGUGCGUUCGGAGAAGGUCACGCCGCACACACGACCGAGUUUUGUGCUGUCGAUGAUGAAGAAGAUGGUGAGAAUGAGGAAGAACAUGAAGAAGAAAGUAACCAAAAUCCUCUUUUCUUCUAAUAUACCAACGGAAGUUCAACCUUCUAAGUUUAAUUUGAUCAUUAUCAUAAUUAAUUAAAUGAGAUGAUAAAUUAAUGUCUCUCUUUAAUUUGUAGAAAUUAAACUAGUUUUGAUUAUCUGAUUAGUUGUUCCCAUGAUUCUUGCAUUAUUAAUCACUAAUUAGAAUAUGUAGAUAUUUUUAAGCAUGAAAUGAAUUUUGUUUUGGGAAGUUGGUGAAGUAAAUUGAAUGUGAUGUG